CACGCUGCCGCAGCACGGGGAGGUGCCCUCCCAGAUCCGCAGGAGCGGCGGCUUCCACCUGGCGGCCCUGGGGGCGGAGUUUGUGUUCGGGCCGGCCUCGAGGCCGCGCGCGUACUCCAUCUCGGCGAUCGACAGCGAGGUGCGCCCUCUGUCUCGGGGCCUGGGCCGGCGGGGCGUCGGCGGCCCAGCCGGCGUGGCGUCGGCCAGGGUGGCGCUGGCGACGCUGCCGGUGCCGCCGCCGCAGAGGCAGCCAAGGCCGUCUGGCGUGGCCGUCUCAUCGCGGGGGACCUGCGCAUGCUGCACCUCACCGCCGCGGGCAUCGUGGAGAGGCUGGCCGCGCCCCUCGGCGCCGACCUGUUCCUCUACGGCCCCAAGCCGCGCGAGGACCUGGCGGCGCUGGGCUGGCUCACGAUGCAGCCGUGCACGAAGUCGGUGAAGCUCUUCGCCGAGAACGUCACCCAGGCGAUGCGCACGCUGCCGCGGGAGGAGAAGGCGGCUCUGGCCUCGGCCAUGUGCAACGUCCCGGGCAAUUGGCUCGGCGGGGCGCCCUGGCUCCCGAGGUGCGCUGCCGCCAGCAUCCCGGAGACGUCCGGCUGGGCCGCGCCGGUUGGCCGGGUGGAAGGCUCCAACGUGUUCCAGAUGUUCGCUCGGAAGCAGUGUCUUGGCAUGGUGGCGGAGCACGAGCAGCACGCGCGGGGAGGGCGGCAGUACGAGACGCUGGUCUACUCCAGGAGCCCCGAACCUCCUCUGGCUCCUGCCGCACCCCACGCAGCGGCAGCUCCUCGCGUACGUCGGGGACCGCUUCGGGGAGGGCGCGAAGGGGCGCAGCGAGGACGAGGUCGCCUGGAUCCCCGAUACGCUCGGCGAUGA